UGGAACAUAGGACGGCCUUUGAUAUUUAUACCAAAAACAAAUUUCCUAAAGACAGACAAAAGAACGACCACCAAAUGGCGGGUACACAAAUUUCAGACAGACAAAAGAACGGCCACCAAAUUGCGGAUACACAAUGCAUGAUAAAGAUUGAGGCAGUAGGGAAUGACCAGGAGGAAAACCUUUUAGAAACAGAGUUGCCUUUAGAUACAGUGACAGGAAAACGUGUUGGCAGUGACAGUUACGUAUUAGCUGAAUUAGAACCUGGAUUAGGAUACCUCAUUGACGCUGCUGUUACUAGCUUUUCUGUAAAGAAUGAACCAGAUGACAGUAUAGAGCAAGACACUUCUUCAGUGGAUUCAAAAUUAGGAAGUGAAAGUCUUAUCAGUUCUAUAGCAGGGUGUUCUGUAAAGAUUGAGACAGACAACAGUUCACAUAGAGAGACUUCUGUAGCUGAUAUAGAACCAGGGGAGGUAAGCCAUACUGAAGCGAUCGUAUACAAGUCCUCUAUAAAAACUGAGACAGACAAUAGCAGAGAGACUUUUGUAGCUGAUGAAGACCAAGGGGAGGUAAGCCACAGCAAAUCUUUUGUAACUGAAUCUGCAGUAGAGAUUGAUACAGAUGAAGAUACGUAUGGAGAGACAUCCUCAGGUGAUAUAGAACCAACAGAUGGAGGCCUAAGUGACUUUAUCCUAUAUAAGACUUCUUUAAAGACUGAGGUACAAAGUGUAGAUAGUAGUGUACAUCUACAGACUUCUAUAGCUUAUGUAGAACCAAAAGGGGGAAGCCUCGGUGAAUCAACCGUGUAUAAGCCAGCGGUAAAAUUUGAGACUGACGAGGAUACCUGUUUACAGACUUCUAUAGCUUAUGUAGAACCAAAAGGGGGUUGCCUCGGUGAAUCAACCAUGUAUAAGCCAGCGGUAAAAUUUGAGACUGACGAGGAUACCUGUUUACAGACUUCUAUAGCUUCUGUAGAACCAAAAGGGGGAAACCUCGGUGAAUCAAUCGUGUAUAAGUCAGCGGUAAAAUUUGAAACUGACGAGGAUAGCUAUUUACAGACCUCUAUAGCUUAUAUAGAACGAGAAAAUAGAAGUCUCUGUGGUUCUUUUGAGACUGAUUACAAUGCACGUAGAGAUACGUCUGUGGCUGAUAUAGAACCAGGGGAGGGAAGUCUGAGUGAAUCUACAGUAUAUAAAACUCCGAUAAAGUUUGAAACAGAUGAAGAUACACAUGUACAGAAUUCUAACGCUUAUAUAGAACCAGGGGAGGGAAGUCUGAGUGAACCUACAGUAUAUAAAACUCCGAUAAAGUUUGAAACAGAUGAAGAUACACAUGUUCAGAAUUCUAACGCUUAUAUAGAACCAGAAGAUAGAGGUCUCUGCGAAUUGUUUGUUACUGAAUCUGCAGUAGGGAUCGAGACAGAUGAGGGUACACCCACAGAGACGUGUGAAGCUGAACCGCCGGUCAGAUGUGUAACACUCAUACUUCCAGAGCGUGCGAAACUUGAUCUGAACAGUUCUCCAGUUAUUCCAGAACAGAAACAACACACAUGUAACACCUGUGGGAAGAGGUAUUCUAAAGCCGUAUCUUUACAACGACAUCAAAGAUUACACCAUGACAGGGUCUCCAGUACAAAUAUGUUUACAUGUGGUAUCUGUGAUACAUCGUUCAGCGUAAACAGAGAUUUGAUUUCACACGUGAAAAUGCAUGGCGAUGAAAAUGAACAGAAAAGAAAGAAUUCGAAAUAUCAAAACAAAACACGAGACAGCAAGAGAAAAAUAUCGAAGAAAACUUCACACACCAAAAGAAAGCGUUUAUCAUGUAGCAUUUGUUGCAAGAAAUUUCACAGCCAAGAUUACCUUCAAAGGCACAAAAGUAUACACUCCAGUGUGAAGCUUUACCCGUGUCAGGUCUGUGGUAAAACGUUUACAAUGAGGUGUGGACUAACACAGCACCUCCAGGUCCACUCUAGUGACAAACCUUACCAGUGUUUGGAUUGUGGGAAAUUAUUUAGGCGGCAGAGUCAUCUACGAACACACUCCACCAUGCAUUCCGGAGAAAGACCGCAUAAAUGCAGGCUCUGUGAUUGGGCAUUUACGGACUGGAGUGGCCUGUUGCGACACCAAGUCAUUCACACGGGGAAGAAACCUUACCAGUGUGAUGUGUGUAACCGAAGCUUCGGUAGAAGAGAGACUCUGAAUAAACACUCCCUCACACACUCGCAACAGGAGUUUACUUGUGAUAUUUGUGGUAAAACUUUCAGCCGAUUGGGAACUCUACAGAAACACCUUGUCGUACACUCGAAAGAUAAUCCGUUCCAAUGUGAUACCUGCAGUAAAGGUUUUUCCGAUGAAAGGGGCUUGAAAAGACACAUGCUGAUCCAUACGGAAGACGCCCCGUUUAAGUGCACUUUGUGUAGUAAAGCAUUCCGCCAUUCCUAUCACCUCAGCCGACACAUGAAGACCCACAACCGGGACAGUUCCCGGCUACACACGUGUGAUCACUGCGGUCAGUGCUUUGCAAAUAAAUCAUACGCAAAGAAACAUGAAAAAUCCCACAAAAGAUGAAACAUGAUGCAUCCAAGAGCUGAAAAAUUUCAAUUUAUCUCAUGACAGCCUUGUGAUUCUGUAAAUAAUAACGGUACAAACAUCGUAUCUUUUUUGAACGAUCUGAUGUAAUACCUUGUUGUGAUGUCAUAGAAUUAUAAUGACUCCACCAACUUCAAUGUUAAAACAUCACAAGGGAGCUUGAGUCGAGAAAAAACUAAGAUUACACAUUUUUCAUUUGAUAUUGCCAUACCUUGGCUAAAAUAAUCUUUUUUUUUUAAUUUUAUAUUGCCAUACUUUGGCUAAAAUAAACUUUUUUUUCCAUUUGAUAUUGCCAUACCUUGGCUAAAAUAAACCUUUUUUCUCAUUUUAUAUUGCCAUACCUUGGCUAAAAUACACUUUUUUUCAUUUGAUAUUGCCAUACCUUGGCUAA